CAUCUGUGCUCCAUCUUUGCUUCAUCUUUGCUCCGAUCUCUGGUCUGGGCACAGCCUUGACCCGUCGACACCCCAGCUAUCAACCAGCUAUCAGCCAGCGAUCAACCAGCGAUCAGCCAGCGAUCAACCAGCUCGCCUGCAGGCCAUCGCCUUGCUCUUCCACCCCCUUCCUCGCGCUUCCGCCAUCCGCAAGCCGCUCGCUCCUGAGAGUUCAUUCGCAGCGGACACACCAGCCCGUCCUCCUCUCUGCUCUCCUGCUCCCCUCCGUUCGCUCUCCGGCUGCACGGAUCCCAGCGUCCGUAAAUGAAGUUCUCGCACUCCAUCCAGCUAAACUCUUCCCCAGAGUGGGUCGAGUACUAUCUCAACUACUCCAACCUCAAAAAGCUCAUCUAUGCCUUUGAAAAGGCGUCGUUGGGCUUGGCCCCCAUGCCAACGUCGCUCAACCAGCUCGAGAGCGAAGCCGCCCCCGCCGCCCCCGCCGCAAGCGAAAGCACUCCGCUCCUUACCAACUCGCCUUCUUCGGCCUCGCUCGUCUCCGAUCCCGAUGCCGUCUUCACCACCGCCCUCGAUGAACAGCUUGAAAAGAUCAACCGCUUCUACCGAACCAAGGAACGCGAUUUGUUUCUCGAGGUCGAGGCCCUCCACAACGAUCUGAGCUACCUCGAGGCCGUCAACGACGAGUUCGAUGUCGUCGUCGACACCAGCGCCCUCUCCACUUCGGAGGGCGCCCCUGAGCAGCCCGUCACUCCCAGCAGCGACGCUUCGUUUUACUCCCAAGGUCCUUGGGGCUCGGUCUCUCGCCGGCAUUCGAGCCAGUCCGGCUUCCGCGACAACACCGAGCGCCGCAUCAUCGGCGUCUGGUCGUCAACCCGCGACAGCGAGAUGAAGCAGCAGCGCAAGCUCUUCCGAAAAAAGGCAACCGAGCUCUUUGUCAUCCUCUCUGAGCUUCAGUCCUAUGUCGAGCUCAACUACACUGGCUUCACCAAGAUCCUGAAAAAGUACGAAAAGGUGACUGGGCGCCGGCUCAAGCGCACCUAUUUGCAAAAGGUCGAAUCCUCCUACUCGUUCCGCGCCAACACCAAAGCCAGCCUUGCCGAGCAGCUCGACCGUGUCAUUGCUCUCUAUGCCCGUAUUGCCACCGAAGGUCGCAUCAGCCUCGCCAAAACCGAGCUGCAGAGCAACUUGCGUGAGCUCAUCGUUUGGGAGCGCAACACCAUCUGGAGGGACCUGAUCGAACACGAGCGCAAGAGCCAAGCGAUCGAGCUCAAGCCCGCUGUUGUCGAGAAGGAUGAGACCGAGCGUGGCGGCCAGUGGUCCAUCUGCGGUCUCAAGAUUGCUCUGCCGUUUGUAUCCGCCAAGCCCAUCAGUCUGCUCGUCUCCAUUGCCCUCUUUGGAUUUUUGCUCGCCUACCCGAUCUUGGACUCUCCCGAGCAGCAGAACUGUUUGGCCAUCCUUGUGCUCGCCUCGAGUUUGUGGGCUUUUGAGUGCACCGAGCUCUUUGUCACUGCCAUCCUGGUGCCUCUGCUGGUCGUUGGUCUCCGUGUUCUUCGUGAGCCUGUGGUCAACAAAGACGGCUCAGUCAGCUACGUUCGCAUGAGCGCCAAGCCUGCCGCCAAAAAGAUCUUCUCAGACAUGUUCUCGCCCGUGAUCAUGCUGCUCCUGGGUGGCUUUACCAUCGCCGCCGCUCUCACCCGAUACGGCAUUGCCAAGAACAUUGCUGCCUUUGUGCUGGGCAAGGCCGGCUCAAGACCCUCGACCGUUUUGCUCGCCAACAUGUUUGUUUCGACCUUUGCGUCCAUGUGGAUCUCGAACGUCGCGGCCCCAGUCCUCUGCAUCUCGCUGAUCCAGCCGAUCCUCCGCAACCUCCCGCGCAAGUCGCCCUAUGCAAAGUGCCUGAUCCUUGGCAUCGCUAUGGCUGCCAACGUUGGCGGCAUGGCCUCGCCCAUCUCGUCCCCGCAAAACAUCAUCGCUAUGAGUAUCAUGCAGCCUUCCCCCAGUUGGCUUCAGUGGUUCAUGAUCGCCCUCCCCGUGUGUAUCUUCAUCGAUAUACUCAUCUGGGCCCUGCUUCGACUCAUGUUCAACCCCAACGGACAAGAAUCAGCCGAUCUCCAACCCCCGGAGCUCUUCCAAAACAACCAGAGCGGCGGCAUGGCAUCCAUGUCCCGUACGCAGUUCUACAUUCUCUUCAUCACUAUGCUCACCAUCUUCCUGUGGUGCAUCGAGUCACAGAUCGAGCAGUAUGUUGGCGAAAUGGGUGUCAUUGCCAUCUUGCCGAUCCUUGCGCUCUUUGGAACCGGAAUCCUGCCCAAAGACGAGCUCAAUGCGUUCCUGUGGCCCGUCGUGCUUCUGGCGAUGGGCGGAACGGCCCUCGGCAAGGCUGUCGAAUCAUCGGGACUCCUCACCGAGAUGACCCAGCAAAUGGCUCCUUAUUUGAACGGCCUCUCGGUCUUUUGGACGGUCGUGGUGUUCUCGGGCCUGGUUCUGCUUGUCACCAGCUUUAUCUCGCACACCGUUGGCGCUCUGAUCAUUCUGCCUGUUGUGGCGCAAGUGGGCGCAACCCUCCCGGAUCCUCGUGCGCGAACUCUCGUCAUGGCUACCACCCUGAUGUGCAGUGGCGCCAUGGGCCUUCCCGUCUCGUCGUUCCCCAACAUGAACGCCAUCUCGCAGGAGGAUCCCACUGGAGUCAAGUGGCUCAGCGUCGCCGAUUUCCUUUCUGUCGGCGUUCCGGCUGGAUUCAUCGCCUACGCGGCCAUCAUCGGCAUUGCCUAUCCGAUCAUGGAGUACAUCCACUUUGGAUGAGCAAGUCGUCCACAGAACGCUCCCGCAGCUUUCGCGCUCCAUAAAGUCACUCCGCUCCACAGACACUUUCCACCAGCCAUCCGCAUUCGUCCUUGCAUACAGGGCCAACCAUUUCUGUCCUCGACUAUUUUGUUUGGGUUUGUUUGAAUUGUAGCUCGUUCGUGAUGGCACGUUCCUGGCACAACGGUCCGGCGUGCGUGCGUCUGACGCUUUUUGUCGCCUGCACCAUUCAUUUGAAUCCAGCUUGUCGCUCCAAAACCCUCUGCACGCUUCCAGGCCCCCUGUGCUGAUGUUUUCUUGUGAAACUUUGGAUCUAUCUUUGCUUCCGUUCUUCCACCUCUCCCUCUUUCUCUCCCACCUCAAGUGUAUCCACUUCAUUGCGACAGGCACUGCUGUUCCGAGCCCAUGCGCAAGCUCGGCUAGAUCGAGUUCGUGGCCUGCGCCAUUAUGUCCAUUCAUCCAUUCACUCUUCAGGAGUCUCCAGCCAGGCC